GUAUCCCACGGAAAAAAUCAAAGUCGUUUCAUUUAGCUCAGUUGAGGUUUAGAAGAAAUAAUUUCGUAGCUUCGUUCAGUUGCCAUUAAAAUAUUGGAUCUUGGGGAAACGGGACAAUUGAAUCGUUUAAAUGACUUAUUCCUCGGUUAACAUUCUGCUCCUUGUGGCGAGUUUGGCAUCAUUCCUGCUCCACGAUUCCCAUGCCUGCUCAAGAACAAUUCUUGAUGUACGAGGCUGUUCAUCUGCCGGCGCAAUAAGUUUCUGUCCGGCUGGAUAUACAAUGGUGGUUGACCACAACAGGAUAUGCUCCUGCAAUAAGUACAAAGACCCGGAUGUGGAAUAUGACAAUUGCGCAUGUGAGAAUUACGUUCAUACUUGCUUAUACGUUGCAACACUGACUCCCACUGGCGCAUGUGGGCGUGCCCUCCGUUAUUGCAAUGAUACCCGAAAAGCGCAACUUUGUAGCGAUGAUCCUCAGUAUGCAAAAUUUAAGGCGGCUUGCGCAUUUGACAAAAUACCGCUGACGAACCUACUGUCUCCUGUUCUUUAUCAACCUGCAUUCCCCCUGCCCCUCGAGCACCAAUAGCCCGUUCCUGAACCCGACUAUUUUCGACAUAUUAUGUAACUAAUGGGUAUUAUGGGAAGGAUAUGUUAGAAAUAAAAUUUAGAGUAGUCCUAGCAAUGUAUUAACGCUUUUUAAUUGGGAAUAAAAACUUCCGUAAUAAGCAUCAAAGAACAAA